AUGAUUUACACUCUGAUUCUCUCCGGGAUUUUACUUCACAUCUCAGAUGAAGCUGUAAUUAAUGCACUGAAUAUCGGAGUGAAAUCGGGAUCACCUGGAAUUAUUCCCUGUCUAUAUGAUAAAAAACAUAAAGAAAACCGUAAAUACUGGUGCGAGGGGUCCCAUUGGGUCUCUUGCAGUAUUUUGACAUAUGCAAAUGAGACAGAAAAAUAUUCCCUCACGGAUGAUCCAGCCCAGAGUAUUUUUACAGUGCAGUGGGAGAAUCUGCAGAACUCAGACUCUGGAUAUUACUGGUGUGCUGUCGAGAUCGGUGACUAUAACACUCUAGACGCCGGUUAUUAUUUGUAUCUGACGGUACGAUCAGCUCCUGAUGUGUCUGUGGUGAGCAGCAGUCCUUCAUCAUCAGUGAAUUCAGAAGGUGAAGUGAUCUACAGCACUGUGAAAUAA